GUGUCCCCUCCCAGCUCCUUGUUCACCGGCCCAAGAAAAAAGAGAAGGCCCUGUCACUGUGCAAGCACUGCUCAGCAAAAGCUGAAACACCCCUGUGUUAUCUUUUUAUCUGUUUUAAUAUGCUGUUCUCAAGAUUUUUUCAACUUGAAAGGAAGUUGAUUUCUAAGGUUAAGUCAUCAACCCGUAACAAGACAGAAACUCUCACAAUCAAGCAUUCAAACCAUAUCAAUGCCAACUUAUUCUACAGGAUGGGACAAGUACCAGCAGAAGAUCAACUGUUCCUGACUCCUGACAUGAACUUGAUCGACAUCCUUUGGAGGCAAGAUAUAGACCUUGGGGCAAGACGUGAAGUUUUUGAUUCUAGUCAGCGACAGAAGGAGUAUGAACUUGAGAAACAGAAGAAACUUGAAAAGGAAAGACAAGAGCAGCUCCAAAAAGAGCAGGAGGAAGCCUUGCUGGCUCAGCUGGAGUUAGAUGAAGAGACGGGUGAAUUUGUUCCUGUGCAGCCAGCUCAGGGCAUUCAGUCAGAAAAUACUGAGCCAUCCAUUGUCUUCUCACAGACCACAGAGCCUUCAAAACCAGAAGCAGAGGCCUUGUCCUUUGAUGACUGCAUGCAGCUCUUGGCAGAAGCAUUCCCGUUUAUAGAUGAGCAUGAGGCUUCUUCAGCUGCAUUUCAGUCACUGGUUCCUGCUCAGGUCAAUAGCAACCCAGCCUUUGUUUCCUCUGAUCAAACUCAGCCACCUGAAUCCCCUGAUCUAGUACAACCCACUGAUACAGAGAACAUGCAGAACAUAGAGCAAGUUUGGGAAGAAUUACUGUCCCUUGCAGAGUUACAGUGCCUGAACAUUGAAAAUGAUAACCUGGCUGAGGUGAGCACAGUCACGAGCCCUGAAACCAAGCCAGCAGAGAUGCACAACAGCUACAAUUACUGCAGCUCAUUACCCAUGCUGAAAAAAGACAUUAACUGCAGUCCAGAUUUCCUGGAUGGUAUGGAGGGCCCCUUCUCCAGCAUUUUGCCACCAGAAGACACCAGCCAGCUGAGUGUGAACUCUUUAAAUGACACAUCCCCUUCAAACCCUGAUUUCUGUGAGGAUUUCUACACCACGUUCAUUGAUACAAAGGUGAACGGUGAUGCAGCAGCAACGAACACAAUCAGCCAAUCCCUGGCAGAGAUUCUAAGUGAACCUAUUGAUCUUUCUGACUUUGCACUGUGUAAAGCUUUUAAUGGCUCAGGGACCAGAGCAGAAUGUACCGAUUCUGACUCUGGUAUUUCACUGAAUGCAAGUUCCAGCGUAGCGUCGCCGGAACACUCUGUGGAAUCAUCUGCCUGUGGAGAUAAGACUUUGGGUUGCAGUGAUUCUGAAAUGGAAGACGUGGAUAGCGCUCCUGGAAGCGUGCUGCAGAGCAGUGCUGAUGUGUACUCUUUGCACCUCCAGGAUCAGGCGUUUUCUUCCUUAGGGCCAAGCACUCAAACACCAAGUUUGCCGUGUACAGCCACACCAAGGAAAGAACCCCCUCCUGCUCCCGGCCAACCCAAAGCUCCCUUCACAAAAGAUAAACCUCCAGGCCGCCUUGAAGCUCAUCUCACAAGAGAUGAGCAAAGAGCAAGAGCUCUGCAGAUCCCUUUUCCUGUUGAAAAAAUCAUCAAUCUCCCUGUUGCGGACUUCAGUGAAAUGAUGUCAAAGGAGCAGUUCAAUGAAGCCCAGCUUACACUUAUUCGAGAUAUACGCAGGAGAGGCAAGAACAAAGUGGCUGCUCAAAAUUGCCGCAAAAGAAAACUGGAAAAUAUAGUAGAACUGGAGCAUGAUUUGAGUAACCUUAAAGAUGAGAAAGAGAAGUUACUUAAGGAAAAAGGAGAGCAUGACAGGAGCCUUCAUCAAAUGAAAAAGCAAUUCACCACCUUGUACCUCGAGGUCUUCAGCAUGCUACGUGAUGAAGAUGGAAAGCCUUACUCUCCUAGUGAAUAUUCACUGCAGCAAACUAGAGAUGGCAACGUCUUUCUUGUUCCUAAGAGCAGGAAGUCGGGGACUAAACUUUGAAGGGCAGUACAGCUGGCUCCUGUUCUCUGAGUUAUUUUUGUAUCAUUAUCAUGGUAGUUUUUACUGUGAGGUGGAAUGCAGAAUUAACUAAUAUUUGUCAAGUAAGUCUAUGCAAUGAUAAUUUUAAAGUUGUUAAUUAGUUUACGGAAGAUGCAAGUUGAAAAUUAAUCACAUAAUGCAUAUGGACAGAUACAGAAUUUUUAAUCUGACUUUAUAACAGAUGCUUCCUUCAUAUAGCACCACUUUGACUAGUUUCCACAUCUAUGUAAAUAUUUAAAUAUGCCAUAUUUAUAUACUGUUCCUAUCUAUUGUUAUAUUCACAGAUUUAUUGGAUAUAUAUAUAAAUAAAAAUGAUUUUAGCCUUCUGAAUAUAAUUUCGUGCAAGGCAACCAGGAUGGCUUCUGAUAUUUUUUCUAAAUAUGCAAUAGUGUUCCCCAUUUUUCUUACACAUUUAUAUUUGCUUUAUAUUUAAUAUAUUAAUGUAGUAUAAAAGUUGACACUCAGUGUUUGAUUUUGCUUUAUCAGCUCAUUAAACUUUUUAAGCUGUAGUUCAUACACAUUUAUUUCCCUAAAGAAGAGAAAUCCUUGCUAGUUAUCCAAGGUUAAGUCUUCCUCUAGCAUAAUACUAAACCACACAGCAUGCCAGCAUUACUAAUGCUUCAUUCAGCUUCAUUUUAAUAACCUUUGGAAAGACCAUAUAACACAAAGUUUCAAAUCUAUGCUAAGCUGACAUUUUUGUUUUCCUCCUUGCCCAGUGUGUAAAUUGAUGAAAUCUUUUCUCCAAACCUUGUCAGCAUUAUGCCUUUUUCCAGCUAAGACUGCUGUAGGCUCUUGUGCAAUUCUCCUAGAAAUUACACUACUGUGCCUCUGACUUCAACCAACCAGCAUCCCGUGUCCCUGCUGUUACUUUGGUGCUUAUGGAAAACUGCACACUAGCAGCCAGCCACCUGCCCUGUUUGGAAUCUCUGCUCAGUGAAUUGAAAAGCUUUGUGGAGUUUAAAUUAUGGUUUAUAAAAGAAUAAAAAAUGGGCAAAUAAAUAGCAUUGUUUUGUUUACUACUUAAAGGAACUCAUUGCACUUGAGCAUUUUGGAUUGUUUCAAUACAGAAAAUGCGUAAUUUGUAAGACUUGUUGAUCUAAACAUUAAAAACUAUCUUCAUCCCUGUGAAAGUUCUAAAACACA